AUGGCUUUGUCAUGGAGAAACUGGUUGACGAACGAAGGGUGUAAACAUUUAAUUUUGGCGCUUUGGGUCGGUUUGAACGUGUGGCUUUUCUGGAGAACGUUCGUCUUGUAUAACAGUGGUCAACAAUAUCACUACUUACACAGGAUGCUGGGGUUAGGUUUGUGCAUUAGCAGAGCCUCAGCCGCUGUGCUCAACCUCAACUGUACUUUAAUCCUGCUUCCCAUGUGCAGAACUCUUCUCACCUUCAUUCGCCAGUCACACAGGGUGAACAGCAGAAAGUUACGGCGGUUGCUGGAUAAGAGUAAAGCGUUUCACGUGGUGUGUGGAGUGGCCAUCUGUGUGUUCUCUGUGAUCCAUGUCUGUGCUCAUCUGUGUAAUGCAGUCAAUUUCUCUCUGAGAUUCUCCGAUGAGUUUCCUGAACUCAACAUCGCCAGUUAUAAAGGACAGGACCCCAGGGCUGUCAUUCUGGCCACAAUUCCAGGGGUCACUGGUGUCCUUUUGGUCCUAGUGUUGUUCCUCAUGGUCACCGCUUCUUCCCACUGUAUACGGGUCAGCAGUUAUGAGGUUUUCUGGUACACUCAUAACCUCUUCAUCAUCUUCUACAUUUUACUGAUGGUGCAUGUGGCAGGGGGCGCCCUGAAAUACCAGACCAAUGUGGGCACACACCCUCCUGGCUGCCUGAGCACCAACACCACCAGUGUGAGUCCAGUGAGACAGGCCCUUCAGGAGACAGGAAUGGAUCUCGGGGCUGGAGGUCUGGAGGUGACUGAGCCAGUCUGUCAGGAGGAUGCCAAAUUUCAGCCCCACUUUCCUGAGACCUGGCUGUGGGUCUCAGCUCCACUGUGCCUGUACUGUGUCGAGAGAUUCUAUCGCUACAUCCGAAGCAGCGCUCCAGUUACCAUAGUUUCUGUCACCAGACACCCUUGUGAUGUCAUCGAGGUGUGCAUGCUCAAGAGCCAUUUCAAAGCACGACCGGGACAGUACAUUGUAUUGAACUGCCCGAGUGUGUCGGCAUUUGAAAACCAUCCUUUCACUCUGACAGCGUGUCCAACAGGGAAGAAAGACACAUUUGGUAUUCAUCUGCGGGUGUUGGGAGACUGGACUAAGCGUUUCUCAGAGUUGCUACUUCCAGAAUCCUCUCCUGGCUCUGAGACUCUUCCUGUGAUCCAACAGAGAAUAUAUCCUAAGUUGUACGUGGAUGGUCCAUUUGGCAGUCCAUCUGAGGAAGUCUUUAACUAUGAGGUCAGCGUCUGUGUGGGCGGCGGAAUUGGAGUCACGCCAUUUGCCUGCAUCCUACAAGCUCUUCAGCAUGACUGGAAGCUGUAUAAAUUGCGGAGGUUGUAUUUUGUCUGGGUCUGUAGGGAACUGGAGUCUUUCUACUGGUUCGCUGAUCUACUGUGCAGCUUACAUCACAAGCUGUGGCAGGAGAAUCGGCCUGACUACCUGAAUAUUCGUCUCUACCUCAGUAACACUCAAGGCCUACAGAAUAUUCCUGAGGGGCGUUACCAACCUUUAAGUUCCCGUCUCCUGAUUGGACGGCCAAGGUGGAGACCUCUGUUUGAAGAGAUUGGGAGGUCAAAUCAGCAUAAAAAGGUUGGUGUGUUCUGCUGUGGACCCAAGGGGAUUUCUAAAACAUUACACACACUCUGCAACUCCAGCGUGUUCUCUCAAACAACAUUCGAGUACAACAAAGAGUCCUUCAGCUGA